CAAAGUUUCCGAGAGGAGAAUCCAGAAUAACUCCGUGCUCGGAAACCGACAAAACGGGAGAGAAAGGAAAGAGAAUCGGCAAGUCUUUUUCUUCGGUGUCAGCAAAACAACGGCUUUUGGAUGUAGCGCUGGAAUUUUGCUUGGAUUUCUUAAAUGGGACUGUCAAUGGCCCGGGACAAGGAAAGCAUAGGAAAGCGGUCGCCUUGAAUGCAAGUUAUUCACAGACCGAGGAAUCAUGAGUUCAGGUGUGAAGAAGCCUCCAGUUGCCCCCAAACCCAAAGUGAAACCUCCACCCCCUCCUAUUGCCCCAAAACCAGACCCUCUCCGCUUGCAACCAUCACCGGCGGCAACCAAGAGGCCCAAACCAGCACUGGCUCCGAAACCAUGUCCCUCCAAAACCAGCUCCAAUCCACCGCCUAAGUCCAGCAUAGCCAGGGUCCCUCCGAACACACACACGCCCCCCUCGCCGCGCACCGCGGAGACCACUCCACACACACUGCCGGACACACUCCACCUUCUCAACUCCAAGAACGACGCUCAGAGUCCCCAGAGUUCUCGGAGUACACACACGCGCUACAUCAUUAACACAUGUGUGUGCGGGGAGAGCACCUGCGAACAGUGUCAUCGUCUUGGCAACGGCGGUGACACCCACCUCCUCCUCUCCCUGCCUGGACAGAAUGGCGGGGAGGAAGUGAGAGGGAGGAGAAAAGACGAGGAAGGAGAGCAGAAUGGCGGCGUGGUCGCAGACCUCACACACACUCCUAUCCAAGGAAAGGACCGAGCACACACACCAACAGGCAUAGAGGAUGUUACACACACACGCACGGACAUGGAACAAACGGCACACACUCCAACAAACCCACCACAGACCCUCCACUCCAUGUCAGCCGACUGUUCUCAUGAUUCACCCACACAAAAUCACACACACUCCCCCCUCCCACACACACACUCCCCUCUCCCACAAACCAGGACGCGACGACGCAGGUCACCCAACACACCCUCUCCUGAACACACACCCACAGACACACCCAGCCCCUUGCAGAGGUGUCUCAGCAGGGGUGAGGUGAGGGCCGGCAGCGGAAGUCCGCAGUGUGAGUGCGACAUCUCGCAGUGUGUGUGCGACGUGUCGCGGUGUGUGUGCGACGUGUCGCGGUGUAUGUGCCGGGAGAAGAGUGUGAUCUCACCGGUUCCUGCUCCCCCCAGCAAACCCCUCCCCAAGCCCAUCCCACGCAGGCCCCGGAGGGUGGAGCUUAAGAGACAGGAUGGCUUGGACACGCAGCUCACACACACUUCCGCCAACACACAUGCCGAUACACAAACACACACAGAAGUACACGGAAACUCUGAGACGAGGACACACACUGAUGAACCCCUCCAACACGCGUCCAUCAGAACACACACUGACAAAAAUGCUGAAACACACACAGACAUGAAUACUGACACACACAUUGAAAAUGAUGUAGAAACACAAACUCAGGAAGAUGCUGAGGUUUGCAACGUAGAGACUUUGGGUAACCAUGGUGAUACAGAUCCCUCAGAGUCUAUAUACCACACGCCCGUUGAUGAUGUUGACGAUGAUGAUCCCGCCUCUAUUCCCCCUGUCCCUCCCCCUAGACAGAAGUCCCUCUCUCACAAAACUAGCUCCUCUCUAGACAACCUGUUGGAGCACAGAGACGCACGCGGUCACGCACAGGGUGAGGAAGAGGAGGAUGGUGCCGGUGAUGAUGAUGAUGAUAAUGAUGAUGAGGAUAACGAAGGUGGUGAUGAAGGUUGCUACGGAGACUUCGCCCGCUACCCCAUCACCAGGAGCCUGCCCAAGCAGAUCAAGUUCCGUUGUGUCCCCCGCUCAGUGUCGGCGGAGGAGAGGUCGCCGAGGAUCGCGCCCAGGAAGCCGCAGAGGCACAGCAUGCCGGCCAAACACACAGUCGCGCUCGCCCCCGAACACACACACAGUCCUGUCGCCAUCACCACCUUCCCAGAGCUCCCCGCUCCGCCUCAAGACAAACCAGCCUGGCGCCUCCCCCUUCCCACAAUCCUCUUUGGACGGAACCAGCAAUCUCGCGCCAGCACUGGCAGUAGCCAAUCACAGAGCGUGAAGCAGAGGGCGCGUUCGUUUUCGUCGGCGGACCUGGCGGCGCGUCUCGAGGGUUCAGACAGCCCUAAGCGGAGCAGCUUCCGGAAGCUUCUGGAGUUGCGCAUGUCCGUACGCAUGCUGCCCCGCCUACUCAUCAAAAGCAGCCAAUCAUUGGACUGCACAAGCGCACAGACGGAGAUCUACGCCGAUGCCAUGAAAGCGAAGAGCAAGGCUGGUCUUAAGGCCGUGACCAAUGGACAAGGAAUGGCCCCCGGUAACAGCAUGUCGCCAGGCGACAGUUCCCUGGACGGUCAGGGGACGGUGGAAGAGGAGAGCGAGGUGGAAUAUGAGAAUGUUCCGCUGUACGAGGAGAUUCCGGAAUACAUGAACCUGCCCCUUUACCGCCUCAGCUGGAACGCUCCGCUCAGUGAGGACGUCUACGAGGUGCAGGAACCAUACAAGCACAAAGGGAAGGACAACAGGGUUUCUGGGGGCAGCAGCCUCCAACAGGAAGAGGAAGUCAGCUCGGACGAGGGAGAUGACAGUAGCUCAGCCUCCAGUAAAGGGGACCUCAACCAAUCAGAAGACAAGCAGCAUGAACAGGAGAUGAAGAGAAACAAGGUGGUGCACAUCGCCACGGAGAUAAUGAGCUCCGAGAAAGUGUUUGUGGAUGUGCUGAAGCUUCUGCAUAUUGACUUCCGGGAUGCGGUUGCCAAGGCGACACGUCAGAGUGGCAAGCCGGUUAUUGAGGAGCGGGUGCUGAACCAGAUCCUAUACUACCUGCCCCAGCUGUACGAGCUCAACAAAGACCUGCUGAAGGAGCUGGAGGAGAGAGUCGCACACUGGACAGAGCACCAGAGUCUGGCUGAUAUAUUUGUGCAGAAGGGGCCGUACCUGAAGAUGUACUCCACCUACAUCAAGGAGUUCGACCAUAACAUCGCCCUGCUGGACGAACAGUGCCGGAAAAACCCCACCUUCCACAGCGUGCUGCGUGACUUUGAGAUGAGUCCUCGCUGUGCUAAUCUAGCCUUGAAGCAUUAUCUUCUGAAGCCAGUGCAGCGAAUUCCUCAGUACCAGCUCCUCCUCACAGAUUAUCUCAAGAAUCUCCCAGAGGACUCCACUGACUACAAAGACACGCAGACUGCACUCGGGAUCGUGAAGGAAGUAGCCAAUCAUGCCAAUGACAUCAUGAAGCAAGGGGAUAACUUUCAGAAGCUCAUGCAGAUUCAGUACAGCCUGAAUGGUCAUCAUGAGAUAGUCCAACCAGGCAGGGUGUUCUUGAAAGAAGGCACUCUGAUGAAGCUUUCCAGGAAAAUCAUGCAACCUAGAAUGUUCUUCCUGUUUAAUGAUGCCGUGUUGUACACGACCCCAGUGCAGUCUGGCCAGUAUAAGCUCAACUGUAUGCUCUCUCUCGCCGGCAUGAAGGUGAGUAAACCGAGUCAGGAGGCUUAUCAGAAUGAGCUGAACAUUGAGAGUGUGGAGAGAUCGUUCAUCCUGUCAGCGAGCUCUGCCACAGAGAGAGAUGAGUGGCUGGAAGCCAUCUCCAAGGCGAUAGAGGACUUCACCAGGAAGAAGAUCACGUUCAUCUCCAGUCGCAGCCAGGAAGAGAAUGAGCGUGUGGCUGGAGACGACAGUGACUUCCCUCUGGGCUCCAAAGCCCCCAUCUGGAUCCCUGACCUGCGCACCACCAUGUGUAUGAUCUGCACCUGUGAGUUCACCCUCACCUGGAGACGACAUCACUGCAGAGCCUGUGGGAAGGUUGUGUGCCAAGCCUGCUCCUCUAAUAAAUGCUACCUGGAGUACCUGAAACACCAGCUUGCGCGAGUGUGUGACCACUGCUACGUUAAACUACAACACAAAAGUGAUCACUCAGCGUCGUCGUCCAUCUCCCCAGGAGGGAGGGCAGGCUCCAGUGCCUUCUCCUUCAGUAGGAAACAGAAGAAAAUCCCCUCCGCUCUUAAAGAGGUGUCUGCCAGUACCGAGAACUCCUCCAUGAGUGGUUACCUGAUGCGCUCUAAAGGCCACAAGAAGCCCUGGAGAAGGCUGUGGUUCGUCAUCAAGAACAAAGUCCUCUACACCUACGCAGCCAGUGAGGAUGUUGCAGCACUGGAGAGUCAGCCUCUUUUGGGAUUCUUUCUUAGAGAGGAGAAGACGGGUCCAGCUCAGAAACUCCAGUUCAAACUCUACCACAAGAACACACUGUAUUACAUCUUUAAAGCAGAGGAUAUUCCCACUGCACAGAGAUGGAUCGAGGCGUUCCAAGAGGCCAUGAUUCUUUGACCCCGUCCCCUGAUUGGUUGAGAUUUAACCUCUUCAGUGCCCCAUUAGCUGGAAGGGUCAUUCCAACUCUCACAGGCUCUUCCUGUGUACACCCCACCCAUAAGGCCAGAUCUAGGAAGUACUGACAACUCCUGUGCAAUGCCUGAUGGGACUUGUAGUACGUCACCAGUGUUUGUCUCCUGAUUUCUAUAAAAACUGACAAAUUCAAGAAAUGGAUUCCACCAUGCAAAGAAGAAACAGGAAGAGGAGGCAGGACUCACCUCAGUCGUGUCUUUAAAUGUCAAUCACUGGAGAAAGCCAAUCACAAAAUUGCAUUUUAAUCAUAUAUAUAAAAUGGUUUGAUACCAUCCUACUUUGAUUCACUUGAAGUGAAGAUUUUUUUUUUUAACUGCAGCCCAGUGGGAAAAGUAGUUGUUUAAGGAGACUACUUUCAGUUCAUGAAGCCAUGUUGGACUUGCAGCCCUUUAAGAAAAUAUCAGGGAAAAGGGGUCUGUCUAUGUUUGUGCGUGUAUGUGUGUGUGUGUGUUUAUGGGAGAAAGAGUUUGCAUGCAUCUGUGUGCAUGUGUGUGUUCUAGAAAGAGUGUGUUUGUGUGUGUGUGUGAGGACAUGCCAUUCUGGGAGUGGCUGUUUGCCAGGGAACCCGGCCAUUCCCCCAUACAGUUGACCCAGCCAGCUUAGUGACCCAGAAGGGAAGGGUGGGGUGAGGAAAAGGAGGAAGGAAGGGACUUGGGAAGAGGAAGAGACGGGAAACAGGGAGCCACGCAGAUGUUUUCACUGAAACCCUUCAUUUUGCCCUCAGCAACAGAAAGAGACCCAAGCAUGCCACACAGUCCCUUAGUCUGCCAAAGAGGACAGAGCCCUGAAAGUGCACACACUACUAGUGUACACUUGACACCAUGGGAGGGCAAGGGGGGAAAGCAUGCUGUCCCUUUGCUGCAGGUGGAGCUGUCACGUCACGUCACUAGAGGGUCAGAGGUUAAGUGAAAAAGAGCAUCAGAAGGUGUCCCAUGAGUUCCAUCGGGCUUGGCUCGUUGCCAUGGAUACUGACGCUGAGAGGAGUAGCUCAUUGGGAGAGACUUUUUUUUUUUGCAAUGCACUGUGGGAGAAGCUCACUGAGGAUGAGCAGAUAGACAGGGAAAGAGUCUGUGAUUCUGAAAACAAACAUCAUUCAAAUGUCUUUAUUAGCAAUGUUUUUUUUUUUUUUUUUAAUGAAACUUUACGUUUGUGCCUCAAGCAAAUGCUUUUUUAAACUAAUGUAUAGAAAAAACGUCAUACUGGAAAGAACUGGAACUAAGUGAUGUAAAUACAGAGUUUAACUUGUAAUAUAGUAUGUAUUUAAAAUUUGGAAGCCUGUGAAACAGGUUUUGAUGAAAUAGUGAAUCUGAAUGCUAAAAUACUGUGCCUUUCUGAGUCAAACAUUUUAAGACCACACACUACACUAGGUUUGACAAACACACACACACACACACACACACAUUUCCCCCUUACGAUAUUCACAGGAUCACUUUGAGCAUACACAGCUAAACUAGUUAUGAUGACAUGUUGCUAUGUAAUUUCUCAUGUUAUUUUUUGCAGUAAUACUUUAAAGAGGUUUACUAUUGUAAUAAUGUUAUCGACGUUCACUGUUUUUGUAAUUUACCAGUUGUAUGUGUUCAUGAAAGGGGGACUAUUCCAGUUGUAUGUUUACUGAGGCCUUCUUACACUGUACAUUGAUCACUUGGUUUGUACUUGCAACACUCGGAGCAAGACUGGGCUAGCCUGUGAAAGACGAUAUCCCUUAAAAGUAAAGCUUAGUCUCAUACCAUGUAUGUAAUGUAAAGACGAUAAUGUAUGUAAUUCAGUUUGUAGGACAAGUUCAGGUAGCACAGUGCCUUAUUAAUUGAACUUUACCAGGUUAUAUGCAUGUUAGAAGUAUGAAUACACAAUGACAAUGAAAAAACAAAGGGUAAGCUAAAUACAGAAUAGUCUGGUCUUGUUCUCCUUCGGUGAGGUUCUCAGCGAGUGGGCUCUGGGAGAUUGCUAAAGCAUUUUUUUUGUUACACAGGUGUGAGUUUUUAACCAUUCGUCUCUGCUGUCUGAGUUUACCAGCACAAGUCAAUGCAGUUAAAUGUCCAGUGCUAGUUUUAUCUUCACAAAUGUAAAGUGUACAAUUUAAUAAUAAUUUUUAAAAAGUA